CUCGUUUUCCCAUCUGUUUCCUGUCUGUUUCCCUGGAGCAUUUUACAGCCACCUUUGAAUUCGGAUCGCCAAUCCUACGGCAUCUACACUCGAGGUGACACUGCUGAUACGGAGUAGACUCUCACGCCCCAUGCUGCCUUUCAUAGAUCACAUCCCCUCGAUCGGAGGGCAGCUCGCGCUUUACGCCGCGCUAUUCGUCGCCGGGAUCGUUCUGCUCGAAAAAGGGGCUGAUAAACUAGUCGACUCGCUCGCGAUAGUGGCAAAACGAUUCGGCGUCUCGCAGACGACUAUUGCGCUACUGACCGCCGGCGCAGAAUGGGAGGAGCUUGCUGUGGUUACUGUCGCGCUGGCGCAGGGGCACCGGGACUUGGGGCUGGGCAACAUCGUUGGAUCGUGUAUUGCCAACGUUAUAGGAAGCUUCUCGCUAGGAUUGUUAUUUCCUGGUGACCGCGUGUUGGAAGUCGAUAGAUCGGCGAGACUGUAUACUGCACUCUUGGGAGUCGUGACCCUCGUUGUCGGGGCAUUGGCAUGGACGAACCAUCUGUCGAAACCGCUGGGAGCCGGGCUGAUGCUGGUCUUUGCCGCAUACGUAGCAGUGGUCGGCUAUGCUAUCUACCGCGGAGUCAUGGAACCACCGGUAGAUAGCGACUCGGACAGCGAGAGCGACAGCGGGCUUAGUAGUAGUAGUGACGACGAGGAGGGAUUAAAUAGUGGACCCAACGGCGUCAGCAGAGUCGAGACGAGUAGCACGCCGCUUGUAAAUGGCAUCAUUCCCGGGAUCGGCUUGCGCCGGCCGAAAAGCACUGCAUACCACGUUGCAACGGUCGGCGUAAGCUUCAUCGCCUUAUCCGUUUCCGGUUAUUUGUUGGCCGGGUCGUCAACCGCAUUCGCAGAAGCCGCCGGACUGACGGACACGGUGGUCGGGUUAACUCUGCUCUCAUUUGCAACGACACUCCCUGAGAAGCUGGUGGCGGUCAUGGCAGCUCGACGAGGACAAUCAGGAAUCUUACUCGCCAACACAGUCGGUGCAAAUAUCAUGUUGCUGACGCUCGUACUGGGGAUUGUGUUAUGUACGGGAGAUGUGCGACUGUCGGAUAAGACUAGGAUGUACGAUUUGAGUGUGUUGAUGGGCAGCUCGGCGGCGUUUAUCGUAGUGAUAUAUACGGGCUAUCUGCGGAAGUGGGUUGGUGGACUUCUGUUAGUAGGCUAUGUGGCGUACAUUGUCGGGAAUUUCGUGAUCAAGGACGUCUGAAAUCAUUUGCACACGAAGAGAUGAUACUCAUGGGAAGCGUGGAACAGUUUUUAAGUAGGCAAACUACGCCCCUGAAGCCAUAUUUACGACACUUUUGCCGAGCAUUGCCGUUCGGGAGGGAUGUUCCAUCGCCCAAACUCAUGCAGAUUCACUCAAGGCUUCGCUACUCGAUUGUGCCCCCAAAGGCUUAGGAAUCAGGAGUGCGUCGGUAUUCGC